CUCUCUCUCUCUCUCUCUCUCUCUCUCUCCCUCUCUCCCUCCCAUGUGUUGACCCAAGAGUACCAAAGGAUCCCCAGUAUGUAUAUUUACCCCAAAGAGUGGCUUGUCAUUCCCAGAUUGUGCUGGACUCCACCUCUCCACCUCUCCUCCCUCCUCCCUCCUUCCACCCCACCUUUAUAUAAGACUACAUUUGAACGAGGGAGCCAUCACAGACAGAAAGAGAGAGAGAGAAGGAGAGAGUGACGGUAUCUAAGAGUCAGUGAUGAUAAGAACUGUGAAGUUCCGACAGGUUUGAAAAACAAUGAAGUUUAAAGUCCUCUCCUAUUACUGCCUGCUGGGCUGUAUAAUUCUGGUCGUCUCCGAGGAGGUUCUGACAGGCCCGAGUUCCUCCGUGGACCUGCCCUGUUCUAAAACUUGGCCUGAAGGGAUUGAGUCGGACCUGCUGAAGGUCACGUGGCUCCAUAACCACUCUGUCGUGGCCUCUAAUGUGGGGAACCACACAGAACCGGGCUACUCUCUAAAUGCCUCACUCAUUCUCAACGGAUCCUUCCCUCUGACAGUGCGCAAUGCCAGCUUUGGCCAGCAGGGGGUAUAUGAGUGCUACGUCCGCUACAACGACACUCAGGUUCACUUCAGUAAUGUCACGUUACUCAUCAUGGUACCUCCCUCUCUCUCCGUCCUGUCCUCUGUCCUGGUCCUGGGGAGGGAAAGCAUUCUUCAGUGUGAGGCCACAGGUUUCAACCCCCCUCAAAUAUCCUUCCUGUGGACACACCGGGGACAGGAAGUGACAUCAUCCACCGCCACUACCACCGUGACCCCCACCCCAGGAGGACUCUACAGGGCAGUCAGUGGCCUGCCCGUCACCCUUACCCCUCCGGUCAACCCAAACGUGACCUUUGGGUGUGAGGUCACACACGUAGCCCUUAAGAGGAGACUCGUGAGAGAGUUUAAGCCUCGUCCUGUCUAUCUCCCUGAAGUGUCCGUCUCCACGGUUCCGACAUCUAAGCGUGCAAGUCCCCUCACCCUCAGCUGUGACAUCACCGGGUUCUCCCCUCAGAACGUAUCGGUUCUGUGGAUCCAGAACGGCUCGGCUCUGCCAGUUCCCCCUCCCACACAGCUGAACCUGGACAGCACGUACCGGACCCGUCGGUUCUACACGCUCACAGAAGAGCAGCGGAACCAGGGAGGAGAGGUCCACUGUGUGGUGAACCAGCCCCACAUCACGGAACCGGUCUCCGGUUCCGUUAACCUCACUGCAGCUGACCCACAGGUGCAGGAGCAGAUCUUGACCAAGUCUGCUAAGGCUUCAGUGGCCAUGAUGAUCAUCUCUCUCACUCUUGUGUUCCUGAUGUGCUUUGGAUUCUCCUGGAGAAGGAGAGAUGAGAAGGUCAAGUCUCUGAAUGUGUCCGGUAUAAUUCUGCCCCCGCGGGUGGUGGUGGGGCAGAAGGGCAGGAUAACCGUGAGCAUCGAGGGCAGGAGAGCCGACAGGGUCCAGGCAGCCUGGUUCCUCAACGACCUUCCCAUCGUAGACACUACCUGCACAGGCCCCCAUCACUCAGGCCGUGCGUCCCGGGUGUCUGUGUCAUCACAUCCAUACAGCGCCCAUCAUUUAGGCCGGGUGUCUGUGUCAUCACCUCCAUACAGUGGUCGUAUGUCUCGUAUCUCUGUGACCUCCAUGUCAGAGAAGGGUCCCCUGUUGCCCCUAACUGCCCCAGGGUACUACAAGCUCCACACCCAACAGCCCCUGCACUCAUCCUCCGCGGACAAGCAGCUCCUGUCCUCUGUCACCUUCAUUCCCAACCUGACCCUCCACAAGGGGGCAGUGUUCAAGUGCCAGGUCUCCUACAAGGGCAAAGACAAGGUGGUUGAGGAGAAGGUGUCUGACAAAUUUACAGUGCUGGCCACUCCUGAGGUGUCUGAGAUCAAGCUGUCUGACUCCAGUGGGGAUGCAGACACCACCAUGCUGACAGUGCAGGCCUCCCGGUUCCACCCUGACGUCAUCACGUUCCGCUGGUUCUGCGAAGGCGGCGAGCUGAGCCCGGUUGCUUUGGCCCCGGCUCUGGCGGCGCCCCGACCCGACGGCGAGGGCUUCUUCUCGGCCAUGAGCCAGUGCCGACUCCCCCGCGCUGAGCUGGAGAGGGGCGGGACCAAGGUGUGGGUCACUGUGCACCACAUCGCCCUUAAACAGCCAAUCACACGCAAGACCACAGGGUUCAUAAAGAAACCCAGUGUCUCAGAAAUCACCUCAGCGAGUCACAACGCAGCUCUCACAUUCAGCUGUGAGGUCACCGGAUUCUACCCCCCCGACGUGUCCGUCACCUGGCUGCAACUGCGGACGGUAGAGCGGAGAAAGGACGCAGAGCGAGGGAGCGAGGAAGAUGAGGAUGAUGAUGAUGAUGAUGAAGAGAGAGUGGAGAUUACAGAGGGGACACAGCUCUGGGGGCCUUUGCUCACAGACCCCGCAACGUUCCGGGCCACGGCCGUGCUGGAGGAGCCGGGGUCAGGGGUCAAGGGGGUGGAGCCUGCAGAGGGGGUGAUGUGUAGAGUGGACCACUGCUCCCUACAGGCGCCCGUGGAGAGAGUGUGGCGGAGAGCUCACAUCGUCCCUCCCUCCAUCCCUCCGUCUCUCUCCGUGCGUUGGACGGGGGACGGCGUUGGCGUGUUCUCUCUGCUGCUGCGUGGUGGCAGUGCGGACACUACACUCCUGUGGGCAGCAGGGGGCGCCACCAUGUCUCUGCUGAGCUCCGAAGAGAGCAAGGCCACGGGCGCUGAGGGUCACAGGGAAAUGACUAGCACCUGCGCUGUCUUACGGUUGUCUGGGCAACCAAGUCAGGGGAGCGGGACGAACGUCCACAGUCACACUAACGGACACACACACAAGCCAAAGCCAGCCAUGCUGGAGUGUGAGGCUGAAGUGGCCUUCAUCGACGAGGAGGAGGAGGAUGAUGGUGUGAGGAGGACUCAGAGGGCGCCUGCGGAGAAGAGGAGUGAUGGACAGAGAGAAAAGAAGGAGGAGAGCACGGACGAGAAGAGUGAACAGACAGAGACGGAGAUGGGAUUGGAUCCUGCCUACAUCAACAGAGUGAGGCUGGGGGAAGGAGAGGGAGGAGGGGAGAGAGAACCACUACGAGUCAGUGUGGAGAUCACACACCCCGCCCUCAGUACGCCAGUGUACCGCAUAUGGACAGAGGCCAAGACUGAUGCGCGCCUUUGAUUGCUCUGGUGCAGAAGACUUCCCCCCAGCUGCCUCACCCAACGCAGUCCAUAACAUCUCACUGAUAUAGAGGCUCUUAAACUUUCAUAUCUCAUCUCAACGUUUCCUGUCAUAUAUAUAUAUAUAUUGUAUUGUGUAUAACGCCUGUCUAUUUAAAAGGAAGUAAGUUCUUUAACUUUUGUAACUAAUGCAACUCUGUACUGUUCAUUUAUACGAAAGGAUAUUUUGUUAAAAAGUUAUUGUGAUUGUGUGUAUGCUUGAGUCUGUGCGAAUUAAAGUUGAUUUAACAACCUGCAAAAAAUACCCACCCUUCUGUAUAAAUAAACAAUAAGCCAUUGUAUGGCUUCCGCUGCAGCUUAUGAAAA